AUGUCUCUAGCCACCUUUGCUGUCUUUGAUAUAUAUUUCUUGGGUACAUCGUACACUGUACAUAAUGAUGAUUUAAUAGAACCUGCUGAGCUAACACAACUCUCCGAGCUUGCAACCAGGACGGAGUACUCUACCAGGAAGGAGAGCAGAGACAGGAUGGAGUACUCUACCAGGAAGGAGAGCAGAGACAGGACGGAGUACUCUACCAGGAAGGAGAGCAGAGACAGGAUGGAGUACUCUACCAGGAAGGAGAGCAGAGACAGGACGGAAUACACUACCAGGACGGAAAGCAGAGACAGGACGGAAUACACUACCAGGACGAAGAGUAGAGACAGGACGAAAGCAAGUUUAAUCCUAGGUUCACUGCCUACUGUUUUAAGGCAACGGAGAGAGAUUGUGGCCAAGGGAGGAGAGGUGGAGAGGUUUGGUAUAUUCCUGAGCAGGAAUAAUACCCUGGUAGAAACCCAUCUCGGAGCAGAGGUUCGAUUAAACUGCAGGAUUACAAGGGACUCAGAGUAUGGAACGAUAAGCUGGUUUAAGAAUGAUACUGGAUUGCUUCGACUCCUGACUGUGGGAGAUGACACGUAUAUUGCGGAUUCCAGACUCUCUAUCACUAGACCUGUGCUUAGUAUGAAUUGGAGUUUGCAGAUCGUAAGUGUUGUACUAUCAGACGGUGGACUGUAUAUCUGUCAGAGUACAACUUAUCCUCCAUCUUCAAUAUACGUCACCUUGGCUGUUUAUGAAGCAUAUGCUGAGAUUACUGGUGGAAAAGAGAAGGUUUUCAAAUCAGGUUCAAGAAUGCAGUUAACUUGUACAAUACGAGAUAUUACAAGACCUCCCAGCUACAUUUUCUGGUACCAUAACUCCCGUAUGAUAAACUAUGAUGAGGAGCGGGGUAUAUCUGUUGGUGUAUCCCAGCUGCACAGUAGAACCCUGAUAUCUCAGCUGACCCUACACAACCUGCAGGUGGAGCAGAGUGGGAACUAUACCUGUUCUCCAAGCUCGGUUCGCCCUGACACUGUGAGUGUGAGGGUUGAGGCCAGAGGAGAGGGUCAACCUGAACCUGUUCUAAACUCAGGAGGGUAUUCAGAGCAAGGUCAGAAACCUUCUGUUGUCAGUUUAUUCAUAUUUAUUUUGCAAAAAAUCUUUAAAUUUUAACUUUAGAUUAUUAUUUUUAUAAACCAUAUACAUUCAUUAUUAUUGAAAUUGCAGAAUCAAACUUUGUCAAGUUUUUGUCUUACACAUUUUUUGUUGCAAUUUUAGAUGGGG